AGAUUUCUCAAGUCGAAGAAGGUUACACUGAGAAUGCUAUUAAAUCUCGGCAGGAUUUCUUAAUGGAUGUGAGGGAUAAGCUUGUUUCUGAACCAGAAUAUGCUGGUAAUAGUAAUGAAAAUAUCCGACCUAAAUCUGCUCUUCAAAUCCCUUGGGCAUGGUUUGGAGCUACUCUUUGCCUCCUUCAAGAGGUUGGUGAAGUAGAGCUUGUGCUAGAUAUUGGUCAAGCAGCUCUUCAGCAUCCAGAAGCUAAGCCAUAUAUUCAUGAUAUUCUUCUUUCUAUGGCACUGGCUGAGUGUGCAACUGCAGUGAUUGGUUUUGAGAAGAACAAAAUAUCCCAGGGGUUUGAAGCUAUUGCUCGUGCUCAGAGUCUUCUUAGAAGUAAAAAAUCUCUUGAGAAAACACCAUUAUUAUCUAAGAUUGAUAGAGCUAAAACUAAGUGUGAGUGUCUGAUUGCGUCAGAGCUUACUGGUCUGAAACUAGAGGAAGCUCUUACGAUGUUUCUUCUUGGUAAGGAUAAUGAGGCCGCAGUUGUUGAAAAGCUGCAGAGGGUUGAUGGAAACAAAAACCAAUUAAUACAGUCUUUAUGCAAUCAAGGUGACCUGAAGCUAGCUCUACAACUUUUUCCUCACGAACCCAACCCCUCCCAACAGACCUGUGAGCUCUUAAUCCUUUCUUGCAUCCGCCAGGAUUCUCUCCCUGAUGGGUUAGAUGUGCAUCGCCACCUUGUUAAUGGCGGGUGGGACCAAGACCCUUUUUUGGCUACCAAACUUAUAGAGAUGUACUCUGAGUUGGACUCCAUCGAGAAUGCACGUGAGGUGUUUGAUAAAACUCACAAGAGAACUAUUUAUAUGUGGAAUGCACUUUUUAGGGCCCUUACGUUGGCUGGCCAUGGAACUGAAGUGUUAAAUUUGUACAGACAAAUGAAUGCAAUUGGAGUUCCGUCUGAUCGGUUUACGUAUACGUAUGUACUCAAAGCUUGUGUUGUUUCAGAGUGUUCAAGUUCGCUCCUCCAGAAGGGAAAGGAGAUUCAUGGGCAUAUUUUGCGUCACGGAUAUGGGGCCCAUGUUCAUGUAACAACUACUUUGUUGGAUAUGUAUGCAAGGUUCGGGUGUGUUUCAUAUGCUAGUAGUGUCUUUGAUCAGAUGCAAAAUAGAAAUGUGGUUUCUUGGAGUGCUAUGAUUGCAUGCUAUGCAAAGAAUGCGAGGCCUUAUGAAGCUUGGGAACUUUUUCGGAAAAUGAUACUGGAGGCCCCUGAUAUGUUUCCCAACUCCGUGACCAUGGUUAGUGUUCUUCAGGCUUGUGCAGCUCUUGCUGCCUUAGAGCAGGGGAAGUUCAUUCAUGGGUACAUCCUGAGAAGGGGUCUUGAUUCAACCCUUCCAGUUAUGAGUAGCCUUAUCACAAUGUACGCAAGGUGUGGUAAGCUUGAGUUGGCCCAACAAGUUUUCAAUAAGAUCAAAAGGAAGGAUGUUGUUUCAUGGAAUUCCUUGAUUUCAAGUUAUGGGAUUCAUGGAUAUGGAAAGAGGGCCAUUCAAGUUUUUGAAGACAUGAUUGAUCAUGGUGUAUCACCGAGUUACAUUUCAUUUGUUAGUGUUUUGGGGGCUUGUAGUCAUGAAGGUCUUGUUGAAGAGGGGAAGGUAAUAUUCCAGUCUAUGGUGAGAGAGCAUGGAUUAUAUCCCAGCAUUGAGCAGUAUGCUUGUAUGGUGGACCUUCUUGGUCGUGCUAAUCGGUUAGAUGAAGCAGCCAAAAUCAUUGAUAAUAUGCGGAUUGAACCAGGAGCUCAAGUUUGGGGUGCUCUUCUUGGAUCAUGUAGGAUUCAUGGUAAUGUUGAGCUGGCAGAGAGAGCAAGCAAAAGGUUAUUUGAGCUUGAGCCUAGGAAUGCUGGGAAUUAUGUACUUCUAGCUGAUAUUUAUGCCGAGGCCAAGAUGUGGGACGAGGUAAAAAGAGUAAAAAGACUUCUAGAAGAUCGGGAACUUCAAAAGGUACCGGGUCGCAGUUGGAUGGAAGUUAAUAGGAAGAUAUACUCAUUUGAUUCUGUUGACGAGUUUAACCCUCAAAUGGAACAACUUCAUGCACUGCUAGGUGAAUUGUCAAUGGAGAUGAAAGGACGAGGAUAUAAGCCACAGACUAAAGUUGUCCUGUAUGAUCUUGACGAGGAAGAGAAGGAACGAAUAGUAUUAGGCCAUAGUGAAAAGUUAGCAGUUGCAUUUGGUCUUAUCAAUACCAAACCUGGGGAAAUUAUUCGGAUUUCCAAGAAUUUGAGGCUGUGUGAAGAUUGCCAUUAUGUUACGAAAUUUAUAUCGAGGUUUACCAAUAGAGAGAUUCUAGUCCGAGAUGUGAAUCGGUUUCACCAUUUCCGUGACGGCAUUUGUUCAUGCGGGGAUUAUUGGUAAGUGCAAACAAUUAUUCUUUCAUUGUUGUUACUUAAUAACAAAAUAGGAGAAGUUGUGGAAGUUAUAGAGAUCUUAAAAGGAUACAUAGUGUAAUUGGAACACACUGUAGAAUUAUAUGAAAACUUUCUGAUGAAUAAGUAGUUCUUCAAGCUUUAUGCUUU